CUCGAAGACGUCCAGCGCGUAAACUUUUGGACGCCUCGGAGAAAUGCCGCUGCGGUUAGACAUUAAACGAAAGCUUUUGGCCCGUUCUGAUCGCGUAAAGGCUGUCGACUUGCAUCCAACUGAACCGUGGAUAUGUGCCGCUCUUUAUAACGGGAAUGUUCACGUGUGGAAUAUUGAGGGUCAGCAACUGAUCAAGACCCUUGAAGUUUGUACUUCACCCGUCCGUGCUGUAAAGUUUGUUGCGCGAAAAAACUGGAUCGUUACAGGCUCAGAUGACCUUCAGUUACGAGUCUUCAAUUACAACACACUGGAGCGAGUUCAACAAAUAGAAGCCCAUUCUGACUACAUUCGAUCCAUAGCCGUCCAUCCUACACAGCCAUUCCUUCUUACUGCUUCCGAUGAUAUGCUGAUUCGUUUGUGGGACUGGGAGAAAAACUGGACAUGUGCUCAGGUUUUUGAAGGACACAGCCAUUACGUGAUGCAGCUGGUCUUCAACCCAAAAGACAAUAACACCUUCGCCAGUGCCUCGUUGGAUCAUACCGUCAAAGUGUGGAGUUUGGGCUCUCCAAGUCCUAACUUCACAUUGGAGGGUCAUGAACGUGGGGUGAAUUGUGUGGACUACUACAUUUUCGGCGAUAAGCCAUAUCUGGCUAGUGGAGCUGAUGACAAGACCGUGAGAAUAUGGGAUUACCAAACGAAGGCAUGUGUCCAGACUCUUGAAGGACAUGCUCAGAAUAUUAGUGCGGUCGCCUUUCAUCCAGAGCUCCCGAUUAUUCUGACUGGUUCGGAGGACGGUACUGUUCGUGUCUGGCACUCGGGCACCUAUCGUCUUGAAUCCACUUUAAACUAUGGUCUGGAGCGCAUUUGGGCAAUGGCUUGUUACCGUGGCAAGCAGACUGUCGCGAUCGGUUACGACGAGGGCACCAUUGUUAUUUCACUUGGGCGAGAUGAACCGGCCAUGUCUAUGGAUGCUUCGGGUAAAGUGGUCUGCGCUCGCCACGCGGAACUGAUGCAGGCCAAUCUGCGUUCGCUUACUCUGGGUCCGGGUGGUAUGGAUGAUAUUCAGGAUGGUGAACGUCUUCCCGUAACAUUCAAAGAUAUGGGUACCAGUGAAAUAUACCCGCAAACGAUUGAACACAAUGCUAACGGCCGAUUUGUUGCAGUAUGUGGCGACGGAGAGUACAUCAUCUACACAGCCAUGGCAUUGCGGAACAAAACCUUUGGUCAGGCACAGGAAUUCGUCUGGUCCCAGGCCGAUGCCAGCAUGUAUGCUGUACGGGAGAGCAACGCGAUUGUCAAGGUAUACAAACAAUUCAAAGAGCUACGCACCUUCAAACUGGACUAUGGUGCUGAACAAAUAUUCGGUGGACAUUUGCUCGGCGUUCGGUCCCUUACGGGGCUUACUUUCUACGAUUGGAAUACGGGCCGUCUGGUGCGACGCAUUGAUAUUAGCCCACGCGCUGUGUAUUGGAAUGAAGGUGGUCAGCUGGUCUCAUUGUGUACAAACGAAACGGCUUUCAUACUGCGGUAUGCUGCUGAUGCAAUACCGGAAGCAGAGCCGGCACCGGGUUCGGUUGAAGAUACGGACGGAUUUGAACAGGCCUUUCAGGUUGUGCCUAAUGGUGAAGUAAAUGUCGCAGUUCAUACUGGAUUCUGGUAUGGCGAUGCUUUCCUAUUCACCACGACAGCCAAUCGACUGUGCUAUUAUGUUGGUGGCGAGUUGGUCACCUUGGCACACUUGGACCGGCCCAUGCAUUUGUUGGGCUAUCUGGCAAAGGAGAAUCGCGUGUACCUUAGUGACCGCGAUUUACAGAUCGCUAGCUAUUCUCUGCUUCUCAGUGUACUAGAGUAUGAGACUGCAGUGAUGCGUGGAGAUUUCUCCGCUGCCGAUACCAUCUUUCCUAGUAUCCCGAAAGAACAACGAACCAAGAUUGCCCAGUUUUUGGAAAAACAAGGAUUCCGAUCGCAAGCUAUGCGUGUGACUACGGAUGUGGAUCACAAGUUUGAUCUUGCGUUGCAGCUGGGCGAUUUGGAAUUGUGUCGUGACUUGGCUGCUGACGGUGAUCCAGAAGUGAAUGAGUCGAAAUGGAGACAACUGGCUGAAGCAGCUUGCCGAUCGUGUAAGUUUGAUCUCGCUGAGGAGUGUUUGGCCCGUAUCAAGGACUAUGCAAGCCUACUUCUACUGGCGUCGUCGUCAGGUAAUGGGCAGAUGGUCAAGUGGAUCGGUGACCAGGCCUCCACGGAAUCGAAGGACAAUGUGGCGUUUUUAGCUCGGUUUUUGCUAUCAGAUUUGGAAGGAUGCCUGGAGCUUCUUGUCAAGGCAGAUCGCUUACCAGAGGCCGCCUUUUUUGCAAGAACGUACCUUCCUAGCCGUGUGCCGGAGAUUGUGGAACUAUGGCGCGAAUGGCUCAAAAAGACUACCAAGUCCAGCUCAAAGGUUGCUCAGGCGUUGGCUAAUCCUCAGGAGUAUCCGAAUUUGUUUCCCGGAAUGGAGAAUGCUUUGGCGGCCGAAAAACGAAUGAAGAUGGAGCGCACCGCAAGAUCUCGUUUACCUGCCUCCACUUAUCCAUCUCAACCCGCCAUGUGGGAGCGUGAUGUCUUGUCCGAACUUCACACCAAACCAGAACCACUGUUCGAAAGUGUACCCUCACAUGUAUUGCUCAAUGGCGACACAUUAGGCGGUGAAGCAAACGUGGAAAAGGCUUCGCCAACCGUCGAAGUGGUCGCAUCACAACAGAACAACGCCAAGCUGACGCUGGAAGAAGACAACACUCCUGAGGAGAAGGACAAUGAGGAGGAAGAAGAGGACGCCGAUGAAGAAGAGGAGGAAGUUGACGAUGAAGGUGAUGGUGAAGAUGAUGAUGAUGACGAAGAGGGGGAGGAGGAGGAAGAAGAAGAAGAAAAUGGGGAUGCUGAGGAACCAGACGACGACACCCUAGAUGCGGAACUAGAACAGGAAAUAGCAAACUUACAGUUGAACAAGAUGAAGUCGAAACCCGCCGCGGCCGUUGCUGCACCACCGUCUGCAGAUACUGAUUGGGGUGAUGCGGGUAGCGAUUUCGAAUGAUUUUCGCUUGCUAAUUUCCCCUUGGCCCCAUAGGGCGAAUUGUGAUAUUCUCUUGUUCCGUAUUCAGCCUAACUUUUGCAUGCUGUCCCGAUGAUGUUUUGCCCAUGUUGUACAGUUACCAACCACCCCAGUCGAUUACACUCUCCUCGGAUCCCUCGUUCACAUCUAACAGCGCUAUUACGUCUGACUUUCCGCCUUUUCCCCCGCCCUCCUCUUUCACAAGGGAGCCAACUUUGUUACAACCAGUUGUACGGAGGGUGUGCAGCCAUUAUCUUAAUUGUUUGAAUAUUUUUUACGGGAACUUGACGCGAUCGUUUUCUUCUGUGCAACAAGUUUUUG